GUGACCCUUCCUACUCUGACGGAGCGUCAGCUGUAUGCGUGCGCGUGCGCGUGAGGUCGUACGUGUGUUUAUUUAUUUCUGAUCCAAGCGUUUCGUCUUUCAGCCGGUGUAGGGAUUAAAACAGCGUCGAUCCAGAAUGAUCUGAAGUAAGAGAAGGUGGAGAGGGGCUGGGAUGGCGGUGUGUGCUCUUACUGUGCUUGACGGGCUCGGCGAGGAGGCCACGGCUUUGGGCGGCGUGGUCAUCCUGUUCCUGGCCAUGGUUUUUGCCUGGCUGUCUACCCACGUGGCCGACCGUGGAGAUCACAUUCUGGGGACCAUUCUCACCGUGGGCGCCCAUGCCUCCCUCAUCGGCCUUGGGGGUCACGACAGCUACGCGAACCCCCCGCCCAGCUCAGAACCCAGUGAGCAGCAGGACGAAGAGCCCGCGGAGGAGGAGAAGCAGGAAGAGGGAGAGGCCCGGCCGGAUGGGGGAGAGGAUGUGCCUGGAGAGGAGCUGCUGGAUAUUCAGGGUGGGAGGAAGAAAGUGAGCUAUGUCCAGGGUGAUGAAGAAGAAGAGGGGAAGGAGGAAGCGACAGAAGACGAGGCAGAGGAUGAGGCCGCCAGUAUCACUGUGAGACUGAAGUUCCUGAAUGACACGGAGGAGCUGGCAGUACUCAGACCACAGGACACUGUUGGACUGCUGAAAAGUAAAUACUUCUCUGGCCGUGAGCAUCAGAUUAAGCUCAUCUACCAGGGUCAGCUGUUGCAGGACCCUCAGCGCUCUCUCCUGUCCCUCAACAUCACCCACAACAGCGUCCUCCACUGUCACGUCUCUCAAGCCCAGGCUCUGCGUGAGGCGGCCGCAGAGGAGACCCCUCGAGCUGGGAGGGGCUCCAUGCUCAGUGGGGGGCUGCGCUCGGCCGGCCUGGCUCUCAGCACUGGAAGCCUGGUGAUCCCCGUGUUCGUGGUGCUGCUCGCCGUCAUCUGGUACUUCCGAAUCAACUACCGCCAGCUGUUCACUGCUCCGGCCACCAUCUCUUUGGUUGGGGUCACGGUCUUCUUCAGCUUCCUCAUCUUUGGCAUGCACAGUCGAUGAGAAGACGAAUGAACAGCGGAAUGAAGCCGUAUUAGGGAAGAAGGAAAACGAAAUGAUAGGACUUGAAAGUAAUCAAUCAGUGAUAGCCGAGAAAGUUCUCAGGGAGCCCUCGAGGGUUCUGGUGCCAUUCAGAUGACUGAAGUUGUGUGUGUGAGGAGAUGUGUGCUAGUGCUUUCAGCUUCAUUUGUGAGCAGCACAAAGUAACACUGCUAUGUCAUUUAGCUUUUGGGGGGAAAAACAUAGCUUUAUAAUUGUUUUAGCUCAUCCUAAAGUGUAGCUUCUCUGUAAAGUGAAGGAAGGAUCCCACAUCUGACUGGGCUUUUCAUUUAGAGGAAUCGCAAUUUGUGUCGACUGAUUGGGUUUUAUCAAUUCUGUUCUUCACUGGUAAUAGCACCACUAUCUUCCAUAGUAGCAAAAAAUGUCUUAUGUUCAGAUCUCAGUACACAAAUAACAGAUGUGACGUGCUAGUUAGCUGAUAUUUUGAGACAUCAGUUUACUCAAACGCGUUUUUGAUGUUUGUGAUUGAAGGAUUUAUUUUUUUUCUUUUGCCAGUGUCACUGAAAUCUGUAUUUAUUUCACACUUAUUUCUACAUAACAGUCUGGUUUAGCAUGUCUGCUGCGAGUUACAGCUCAUAGUAAUCAUUUAGGACAUGAGUUUUAUACAUGAUGAAGAUUUUACAUGCAAACAUACUGGAGUAUUCUAAAGAGAUUGCUGAAAACUCACUGCAUUCAUAGGCAUUUCAAAUGUGACGCCGAUAACAAAGCAAAUAUUUUUUUUUCUCCUGUGUAAAGUCUGUAUAUAAGCAAUGUAUUUACUGUAGAUAAAUCAAAACGGGUGUAGAGGAACCUUAAUGCUCUCUGACAAGUUUGAUGGUUCUUGUAUGAAUGGGUCACUUUUCUCAGAAUUGUCAGCAAUAUUUACAUGUUAUGGGGAAACUAGUCUUAACUUCUCAUUCUUGCUAUAACAGGCAACUAGCACCUCAUUAAUUAAAAUGCUUUUUGUUUUUGCUUUGAUGCAGUAAUUCAGAAUAAAAUUGCUCAUCUUUGAA